AUGGAGAGUGUGAGCGGAUACAUUAUUCCAAGCUUUGUACUUGGGUGCGUUGUUUGUGGCGGCAUCAUCAAGGUGGUGGCGAAAUUAUGGUGGAAACCCAUGAGGAUCCAAAGGAUGAUGAGAGCGCAAGGGAUUGAAGGCCCUUCUUACAACUUCAUCCAGGGCAACAUGGCAGAAAUGUACGCCAAAAGGAUGCACGCCAUGGCCACGCCCAUGGACCUCUCCCAUAAUAUUCUCCCUAGAGUUCUACCCUACGUAUACUCCUGGCUCAAUCGUUACGGCAAGACAUUCCUUCAGUGGUAUGGCAUGGAAGCUCAGCUGAUCAUUACAGACCCAGAGAUGAUCAAGGAGGUAUUCCAUGAUCGUCAAAAGAAUUACCCAAAAGCCAAGCUGGAUGAUCACUUGCUCAGAAUCUUUGGCAAUGGGCUUGUCACGUCCGAGGGAGAACGAUGGGCCAAAUCAAGGAAGAUAGCCAACUAUGCGUUUCAUGGAGACAGCCUCAAGAACAUGAUCCCAGCUAUGAUCGAGUGUGCUGCGACCAUGAUUGAAAGGUGGAAGCUUUUUGAAGGCAGAGAACUCGAUGUGUUGAAGGAAUUGAAAGUCUACACUUUGGAUGUCAUUUCUCAUACGGCUUUUGGGAGUUCUUAUGAACAAGGAAAGAAUGUUUUUCAGAUGUUGCAAGAGCUCUCCGACCUAUCAAUCCGAAACGAGUACAAAAUUAGGGUACCCGUAAUCAGCAAAAUUUUUAAAUCGAAAGACGACGUUGAAGGGGAGAGGCUUGAAAAGAGAAUGGAAGAAUGGUUCAUGGAAAUCAUAAAGAGUAGAGAAGAGAAGUUCAUGAAUGGUGAAGCAGAAGGGUAUGGGAAUGACUUUCUGGGAUUGUUGGUGAAGGCUAAAAACGACCCUGAAAACUCCCUGAGGAUUUCUGCUGAUGUUAUUGUGGCCGAAUGCAAGACCUUCUACUUUGCUGGCCAUGAAACCACCAACGUUUUGAUAGCUUGGACUAUGUUUCUGCUAGCCAUGCACCAAGAAUGGCAAGACGAAGCUAGAAACGAAGUGCUCGAGAUCUUCGGAGCCAAGAACCCGUCAGCAGAAGGCCUUCCAAAACUAAGAACGAUGACGAUGAUCAUCAACGAAUGCCUGAGGCUAUAUCCACCGGCAAUGACGGUGUCACGGCAGGUGGAGAAAGAGGUAAGGCUGGGGAGGCUCCGUCUUCCAGCCACGCUUCAGGUCACCGUCCCAACCAUUGCGGUUCAUCACGACAAAGCGUUUUGGGGAGAAGAUGCACAUGAAUUCAAGCCAGAAAGAUUUGGUGAAGGGGUGGGGAAAGCCAUAGAGAGGAACUCAGCUGGGUAUCUGCCAUUUGGAUUGGGCCCUCGAAGCUGCGUAGGAAUGAGCUUUGCAAUGAACGAAGCUAAGAUCGCUAUGUCCAUGAUUCUACAGAAGUACUCCUUGGCGCUCUCGCCGGCCUACGCUCACAUGCCUGCUCAGUUCCUCACCAUUUGCCCCCAGCAAGGGCUGCACCUCAUUCUCCAUUCGGUAUCAGAUCACAAAGCCUGA